ACCCUGCAUAUCGCCCCAUAUAUGGGAUUAAAAUUGAAAAUGAAGCUUUUUUCUUUGAUUCUCCUUUUCGCUUUCUUUCUCGGAGCCUCGGCACAACAAUGUGGGAGACAGGCCGGGGGAGCUGUGUGUAUGAAUGGGCUAUGUUGCAGCCAAUUUGGGUAUUGUGGCAGCACAACUGAGUAUUGUGGAGCUGGCUGCCAAAGCCAAUGUUCUGGUGCAAACCCUACCCCAACCCCCAAUACUGGUGGCAACGAUGUUAGCAGCAUCAUAAGCUCAUCUCUUUUUGACCAACUGCUCAAAUAUAGGAACGACGGGAGAUGCAGAAGUAACGGAUUCUACACUUACAAUGCUUUCAUCACUGCUGCACGAUCUUUCAAUGGCUUUGGCACAACUGGGGAUGUUAACACACGUAAAAGGGAGAUUGCAGCUUUCUUGGGUCAAACCUCUCACGAGACCACAGGAGGGUGGCCAAGUGCACCAGAUGGCCCAUAUGCAUGGGGAUAUUGCUUUAUUACAGAAAUCAACAAAGCAGACUAUUGUACGCCCAGUGCAGCUUGGCCAUGCGCUCCAGGCAAACAAUACUAUGGCCGGGGACCCAUUCAACUCACCCACAACUACAAUUAUGGGCCAGCCGGUAACGCAAUUGGAUCUAAUCUCAUAAAUAAUCCGGAUUUGGUAGCCACAGACCCGACCAUAUCGUUCAAGACAGCCAUAUGGUUUUGGAUGACCGCACAGGGAAACAAACCAUCUAGCCACAAUGUUAUCAUUGGGAGAUGGACACCGUCGGCCGCCGACAGGUCAGCUGGUCGAGUCCCAGGUUACGGUGUCAUCACCAACAUAAUCAAUGGCGGGCUCGAAUGUGGGCGUGGUUCCGAUGCUAGAGUGGCUGACAGGAUUGGGUUCUAUAAAAGAUACUGUGACAUAUUCGGAGUGGGCUACGGGGACAACUUGGAUUGCUAUAAUCAAAGGCCUUUUGCCUAAGAUCGAUGCAUACCCAAGUACUGCACUUAUUAGCAAUUAACCACAUGUAAUUGGAGAUUAUAUAUUUCUCUUGAACUCCAAUAUGAAUAAAGAAAGCUCAAGAUAUGAAUAAGGAAAAAGUAAAAUUUGCAACUAGA